UCCAGCCGGUCAGGGUUGUGCUGACAAACGCCACCAGGGAACUUAAUUAUAUCUUAUAUAAUAACUUUUAACGAAUUUUAGAACCACAAGAAGGGUGAACCUCAGCUUUGCGAAGGUGUGCGCGGUUUCCGCGAACGUCGUUUGGAGAAAAUGGGUAACGGAAUAAAUAAGGUUCUUCCAGAUCUUUACCUUGGGAAUUUUAGAGAUGCAAGGAACCGAGAACAGCUAGCAAGGCACAACAUCACCCAUAUCCUGUCCAUCCAUGACAAUGCUGCACCUUUUCUGCAGGAGAUGACUUACCUCUGUAUUUCUGCUGCAGACUUGCCCACCCAGAACUUGACUCAGCACUUUAAGGCCAGCAUCGCUUUCAUCCAUGAGUCCCGGCUGAAAGGAGAGGGCUGUCUCGUCCACUGCUUAGCAGGCGUAUCCCGUAGCGUGACCUUGGUUGUGGCCUACAUCAUGACCGUGACGGAACUGGGCUGGCAGGAUGCCUUGGCGGCAGUGCGGGCUGCUCGCUCCUCGGCUAACCCCAACCUGGGCUUUCAGCGCCAGCUGGCAGACUUUGAGCGCACGCAGGCCACCAGCUAUAGAGCCUGGCUCAAAGAACGCUACAAGCAUAAUCCAUUCAAUGAUGAAGAGGCUAUCUGCCUUCUGCUCUCCAAGGACACCAACUCCAUCAGCACUGAGGAGACCACUCCUGUUAUCUGGAACAGCUGAUAUUAUUAUCAUGGUGAUGAGAGUAGGACUAUCCUGAGGACCCACUUACUUCCUGAUACCAGUUCCACUGGAGCGAAGCAGAGCUGGGAGCCAGUCACGUGCGUUUUUUAAAGCAAGGAAGUUUCAUAAAG